AUGGAGGCGUUGGGGACGGCGCUGCUGCUGGGGCUCUACGCGCUGCUCUACUACUACUUGGGGGUCGCCACCCGGUGCAGGAACGCGGUCAGCCUGAGGGGCAAGACGGUGCUCAUCACAGGUGGAAAUACUGGGAUCGGGAAGGCCACUGCGGUGGAUCUGGCCCGGAGAGGCGCCCGUGUCAUCCUGGCAUGCCGCAACAAAGCGAGAGGAGAAUCGGCCGUGUACGACAUCAGACGGGAAAGUGGGAACUCGGAGGUGAUCCUGAUGAUCCUGGAUCUGGGCAACCUGAACUCCGUGCGAGCUUUUGUGCAGAGCUUCUUAAAGUCGGAGCCCCGUCUGGACAUCCUCAUCAACAACGCAGGGGUCGUUAAAGGGGGCCAAACCAUUGAUGACUUUAACCAGAGUUUCCAGGUCAACCACUUGGCCCAUUUCCUGCUGACCCACCUGCUUCUGGACCGGCUGAAGCCCUGCGCCCCGAGCCGGGUUGUAAUUGCGGCCUCGAAUAUGCAUUUCUUUGGGAAGAUCGACUUUCGGACCAUCUACAAGCCAGUGGAAGGGAUGUGGCAGGCCGUAAGAUCGUACUCCAAUAGCAAACUAGCCAACAUUGUUCAUGUGCGAGAGUUGGCCAACCGGCUGGAAAGAACCAACGUCACCUGCUACGCGGUUCAUCCAGGAUUUGUUCAAGCCAAAAUUACUCACUCCCAUCCGCGUUGGGUAGCUUGGCUGCUUCGGACCAUCAAACCAUUCCUCCGAGAUGGGAAGACUGGUGCCCAGACCAUCAUCUACUGCGCCACCGAGGAGGGAAUAGAGAGGCUGAGCGGGCGGUAUUUUGUGGACUGCCAACCAAAGGUGCCCUCGCCACCGGCCUGUGAUGACCUGAUGGCUGAGAAGCUCUGGGAAUUCAAUGAGAUGCUGCUGGGACUGACCACUUCGGACAGGAAAGGACAGAUGCGGCGUUUGGGGUAACCGAAAGUGGGCGUCUGAUUACAGAUAAUCUCCGAUUUAUAACCCUCCACCUAGUGACCAUUCAAAGCUAUAACACCACUGAAAAAAAGUGAGUUUUUGCUCUUACGACGGUCACACGAUCGAAAUUCGGGCACUUGGCAACUCGCAUGUAUUUGUGACGGUUGCAGCAUCCUGGGGCCACGUGACUGCCAUAUCUGUGACCUUCCCAGCAGCCUUCCUACAAAGCGGAGGCAAUGGGGGAAGCCAGAUUCACUUAACGACUGAACGAUUCGCUUAAUAACCAAAGUGGUUCCCAUAACAACCAUGGUGAAAAGGUUGCAAAAUUCGGCACGAGUCAUUUAACAACUGUCUUGCUUAGGAAUAUAAAUUCUGGUCCCAGGUGUGUUUUUAACUCGAGGAUUUCCUGUAAACCAGAAAAUGAAACUCUGGGGAACCCGAACCCCCUCCGCCCCGCACAGGGUUUUUUGUAACAACUGAGACAAACAUUUAAUUCCUGAUAAAGUUAAAAACUGGAAAUCAUUGUGGAAUUCAUUGUGGUGAGCUGCCCAUUGUUGCGUUUUAAGACAGGCAGCCAUAUUGAUUUAAGUACCGUAAACCAAAUCCACCAAGUUGUUGAUCUCCUUGGUCUGCCUUUCUGGUCUUGAAAAGGGCUACUCCUCCCCAUCCAUGGCGGCAACCAGGAUAAGGGAGGGAUUGGUAUACCAGCCUCUCUGCUGUGUAGCUACCACCCUGCCUGACCUGCUGGAGGCCAUUUCAGGGCUGGUAGUGGAAUUCCCCAGGCUUAUGGGGGACUUUGAACCCCUGGGUGCAGCCUCGGAAGAGGCCCAGGAGUUCAUGGCCUCCAUGGCAGCCCUGGGCCUGUCCCAAUUCGGGUUGCCAGGUCUGCUUCCAAAAAAUAGCGGACAAGCGGGGGGGGGGGGUUGUUAAGUAGUAAAAAAAAAAAUUACAAUUAAAUUAUAUAUUUUCUUACAAACAUUUUAACACGUAUUAAAAUAAUCACUUCAAAACUUUACUUAAAAU